GCCUGUUGCCAGAGCCAUGGGCAUGAGGAGCUCCAAAAUGAAACUGAAGACAGGGUCAUUUCUGUGGUGCCUCUACCUGGACAAGCUCUACUGCCUGCUGUCCAUGAGGAACGUGAGGGCCUUGGUGGAGUACUUCGACCUCCUCGACCCACACCGCCACAACACCAUGAACGAUAUGAUGUUCUACCACUUCCUUCACCAUGUGACUAACUGGAAUCGGAAACAGAUCAUGAAAGUGUUCCACAUACUGGACUGGGAAGCGGCGGGCGAGAUCACUUUUGACCAGUUCUACGUGCUGGUGUGCUUACUACUGGCACACGAGAACCACUUGGAAGAGCAAUUUAUCUUCCGCCAUUCCCGGCAGGUCUUUGACCUGCUGGACCUGGGUGGGGAGAUGAAAAUCGGGGCGGAGAGCUUCCGAAAGUACGACUUUCUCUUCAAUAUUAAAAAACAUGAGCUCCGAGAGUUCUACCGCAACUUUGACAUCACCGGUGACUGUCACCUGAAUUACAAGGAAUUUAAGCUGUUUACUAUCUUCACCAUGGACAAAUACCAGGAGAAGCAGAAAGUAGAGAAAAAGGAGGAACAGAAGGCUCUGCUUGAAAAAGAAUAUGCCACAGAAAGUUAAGGGGAAGGCAAAAGAGAAACUUC